AUGGUCUCCCACCGCAACCUGCCCGAGAGGAAGAAUCCUCUUCUCGAGCCCACCGAAUCCACAGCCAUUGAGAUUCUCAUCGAGAGGCGCCGACUAGGACAGACAAACCUCGGCGUAAAGCCCGGCGUCAGCGGUCUCACCAAUGCGACCAAGCCGGAGAACAUGGGCACGUUUGAUUACGCGCAUCUGAGGGUUCCGCUGCCAAAGGACUUGACAGGAUCCGGCAUCUUCACAUUGAACAAGACCUCGGCUUUCCCUGAAUCUUACUUUCUGAUGCGACGCAGCAGCGAUGGCUACAUUAGUGCGACAGGCAUGUUCAAGGCUGCAUUCCCUUGGGCUUCGGUCGUAGAGGAGGAUAUGGAGCGCAAGUACCAAAAGACAUUCCCUUCUGCAGGCGCCGAAGAGGUUGCUGGAAGCGUAUGGAUUGCGCCUGAAGAGGCUCUCGCGUUGUCCGAUGAAUAUUCCAUGCGCCAUUGGAUUGAGGCACUUCUAGACCCCGCGCCGAUCGAAAAGGGCAACAAGGACAAAUCAAACACGCAUAUCCAAAUGCCCCCAAAGUUUGACGUCGCAAACGCCACACCCGUCACUCUCCCCGCACCCGGUCUUCGCACAACUCGCGCCCGCUCGGCUCGAUCUGUAUCACCUAGCCGAGGCGCAACCCCCAGCAGCCGAAAGUUUGCGACUCCACGAAAGUCGCGAGCCACAAGAAGCGCGAUGAAGCCUGACCUUACCAAGGCCGAUGAGGCUGUCACCCCAUCAAGCGCUCUGCAAGCAAUCAUUGCGAACGGUACCACACCUUCUGAGUCAGUCGCAUCAUCCGUCGAUGGCGAUGUGAAGGAGAAGGAGGCAGUGUCUGAGCCCAAGACCGAGCCAGACGUCAAGGAGGGCACAGUUCAUAUUGAAGUCGAGCAGACCGUGGAGACAAAUGGCGACACUGAGAAGACCAGCACCAACGUCACCGUCGAUGUCCCUCACAGCCAUGCUGCGCUUCCCGAGCCAGAAGAUCCUACCGCCAUGAUCGAGGAGGCCAAGCGCAUGGUCGCAGAAGCACAACGGCUAGAAGGCGACUCGUCAGCCAAUGUCACCAAGUCGACAAAGCGUGGCAUUGAGGACGUUUUGGAGGCGGAAGAUCUCGCCGCCGAGCGUAUGAGCAAACUUGCAAAGGUUGCUUACACCACCGAGCAGAAGUUGACCAAGGAGAAGGUCACACGGAGAGCACUUGUUGGUAUGGGUGUCAUGGCAAUCAUAGGGUAUAUCUCCACUUCACACAUUCAAAUCUGA